AUGGAUCACUCCCACAUGGACCACGGCGGCCACGAAGGCCACAAUAUGCCCGGCAUGGACCACGGUCCGCAGUGCAACAUGAACAUGCUCUUCACAUGGGACACCACCGACCUCUGCAUCGUCUUCAAGUCGUGGCACAUUUCCGGAACCGGCACGCUGAUUCUCAGCUUACUCGCCAUCGUGCUCAUGACGGCGGGCUACGAGGCCGUACGCGAGGCGAGCAGGAGAUACGAUGCGCAUACGAAGCGGGUCAGCGAGGGGAGGAGCAGCGGUGACGAUCUCUCUCGCACGUGUAUGCGGACUACAAGAACUGGCGGAGAUAUGCUGGAGGUAAGCGUGGAUGAAGGCAGGAAGAACAUGUCGAGGGACGAACGGGUGAAGUGGAGCAUCGCUGAGAAGCGCCCCGUAGACGCUGCGCACGCCCCAGACGAAUCCUCUGAAUCGAGCUCAUUGCUGUGGCCAGGACGACAUGGCCGGACCUCCGCUUCUGCCUCGGAACAGCAGACCAAGACUGUCAAGGCGCUGUUCUAUGCGGUCCAGGUCUUCUACUCGUUCUUCAUCAUGCUGCUGUUUAUGACGUACAACGGGUGGGUCAUGCUCUCGGUCGCCGUGGGCGCGUUUGUGGGGUAUUUGCUGUUCAGCGGGGGCCCGUCAGCGAAGACGGCGGCGUGCCAUUAG